UUGGAUUGGAGCGAUUGGAGGAGCUGGUUGGUGAGGUUAAGACAGAAGAGGGAAGAGGUUAAGCUUUUAAGUUUCAUAGCACAAAAAAUCGUUCAAUACACGACGCUAGGAAUAAUUUAAGUGGAUUGAAUAAAGAAUCCCUUAAAAAUGUCUGCAGCUACAAAACCCAAGUCAGAAAUGAGCCAGGAAGAAUUAGCUAGGAGGGAAGAAGAGGAAUUCAACACGGGACCGUUGUCAGUUUUAACACAGUCUGUGAAAAACAAUACACAGGUUUUAAUCAACUGUAGAAAUAACAAGAAGCUGCUGGCUCGCGUAAAGGCAUUUGAUCGGCAUUGCAACAUGGUUCUGGAGAAUGUCAAGGAAAUGUGGACUGAACAACCUGCGACAGGAAAAGGAAAAAAGAAGUCCAAGCCAGUCAACAAGGACAGAUUUAUCUCCAAGAUGUUUCUCCGAGGCGAUUCAGUCAUUUUAGUGCUUAGGAAUCCUCUCGCCACUGCAGCUGGCAAAUAAUCUCAAACCUGUGAAUUCUUGAAAAUAUAAACUAUUUUUGCAAUUCUA